UCCAUUAAUGGCGUCUCCUUUUUCGCGUUGACGGCUUGCCGUGUCGCUGAAUGAUAAAAACGAAAAGAAAAGUCCAGAUUAUACAGUAAAGUGCACAAGCUUGAUGAAUUUCACUAGUUUGUUUUUAGUUCCUUAGUUUCGUUUCCUUUUUACUAGAAAAUGGAUAUACCUUUGCCUCCUAAUGAUAUUGAACUGAAAAACAUCAUUGAUAAACUCGCGGAAUUUGUUGCUCGUAACGGUCCGGAGUUUGAGUCGAUGACCAAAACAAAACAGAAGGGAAAUUCAAAGUUUGCCUUUCUCUACGGUGGUGAAUAUUACAACUAUUAUCAGUACAAAGUGCUCAGCAAGCAGCAAUCAAUGAUGAAGCAACAAGGUGGACAUCUUCCCGCACUGAUGGGACAGCAAAUGAAUGCGUUCAAUACUCAUCAACCGGUCCAACAGACCCAGCAGCCGAGUCAGAACAAUCAAAUACCACAAAUCUGGUCGAAUCCUCCACCUGCUCAGGCAGCUCAACCACAGCAGCCGGUUAUCAGUGCUCAGAUUUCUGCCCAAAUUGAAACCAUUGCCACACAGCAAAGUACGUUGAGGGAGCAAAUUCGUCAGUCGGAAUUAAAUUUGCAAGCUCAGCAUGGGGUUCUUCUCCAGCAGCAACAGGCACAAAUCGAUGAGGCUGUAAUACGAGCUCAAAACGAUGCCUUAGUUAAACAAGCGGAUGAGCACAAGAUAUCGCUAAGCGAUUUCGAUACCAAGUUGCAACCAAUCAUUGACUCAUGUACGAAGGAUAGCAUUUCCAACGGAAAAGGCUGGAUUUUACAGCAUUGUACCGAUUCGGGAAAAUGUCAAAUUAUUUCGCAGUAUCUUUUGAAAAAGGCAUUAAUAGCUGGAGUUUUAUUCACGCAGAAAUUACAUCUAAUAUAUUUAGUUAAUGAUGUAAUCCACCACUGCAUCCGGAAGCGGACCGAUGAGCUGAAGAAAUGCUUGGAGAGUGUAGUCAUUCCAAUGUUUUGCAACGCUCAAAUAACGGCUUCCAAUGAAGAGCAAAGAGCCAAGUUGGCAAAAUUACUUUCACUGUGGGAAUCGAAAGGAAACUUCUUCGAUGCGUGUGUUAUAUCGAAACUUAAAUCGCCACCAUCUUCGCUACAGGAGUAUCAGAAUACGCUGCUCACGCAGUACUCAGCUAUUGUAGCGCAAAUCACCCAAGCCACCAAGGUGACAUUCGAUAAUUAUCAACAACAGCACCAAGCGUUUGUCCAACAUGCCACUCAACAAUUGACACUGUUGGAAAAUCAAAAACAGCAAAUUGAACAACAGGCCAUAAAAGCGGCUCUUGCAGCACAGCAGAAGAAUGCUGGGCCUCCCCCACUGUUGCCGGAGCUAUCAGGGGGAUCCAAUAAUGGCAUUGGACAAUUGAACCCCCUUUUGAACAACAACAGUCGGGGUAAUGACCGAGAUGCGCCCAUUCCCUCGCUUCUCGAUCAAAACAUAAAUUUUAACCUGUUGUCUGGAGCUAUCCAAAACCUACAAAAUCUUUCCUCACAAGGAAGUCAAAACAAUAGAGGCAGCGACAACGGAAGCAGCAACGUGGGAGGAGAUAAUCGAAGUGGAAGUUAUUCGCAUUCUAAUGAUUCUGGGGAAGGAAACAAUAACAACAACAACAACAAUGGGGAUUACUCUUUGCCCCCACCAAAUUUUCCCAUUCCGGAUAUGUCCAGACCACCGCCUAGCGUACAUCAGUUCCCGUUCAACAACAGCAACAACAACAACCGUGACAAUGAGGGAACAGACGAAAGGCGUACGGAUUACGAUGAACAACCUCCCAAUGACGACGAUCGAGAGAAUGAUCCAGAAACUCAACCGGAGUACACUCAAGACCAGCGCUCGCAGAGUCCGCAAGAACUUACGCCCACGAUUCCGUAUUUUGAACUGCCCGCAGGGUUGAUGGUGCCGUUGAUCCGGUUGGAAGAUUUCAACUAUCAUCCGCUCGACCCUGGCCAGAUUCGUUUGCCUCCGCCAACCCCUCAGAACGAAAGGCUGCUCUCAGCCGUGGAAGCCUUCUAUGCGCCUCCUAGUCAUGAAAGACCACGUGAUGGUGAGGGUUGGGAGAAGCUAGCUUUGUACGAAUAUUUCAAGGUGAAAAAUGCCUCUCGCAAACAAAAAGAGGAGGAAAUCGAGAAAGGGGUGCGUGAUCGGUCACAAUCCCCAGAUCCAGUUGAACAGGAGCUGCUGAAGAUAACGAAGAAAACUAAGAAGCGAGUCUAUCGAUCCCGAAGUCGUAGCCGUUCCAAAUCUCGAUCACGGGAGCGAUCUCGUUCACGAUCUCCAAGGCAUAGAAACAGAUCACGCUCUAGGUCCCGGUCCCAGUCUAGAUCACCCCGCCGAGGACGUGGAAGAAGUCGGUCGCCCCGAAGGGAGCGGGAUCGGUCAAGGGAGCGAAGAUCUCCAACGCCACCAAGUUUCGGUGGAAGUGGUUUUGGAAGUAAACCAAACACAGCUUUUAUGGAGGAUAAAAUGCCAGCCGUGGCGAAAUUAGGUGGAGGAUUGUUCCAAUCAGUUGGCAAUGUAAGUGGCGAAGUUUGGGCCGGAAACGAGCGGGAAGGUCUGGGAUCAUAUGGUGCUAGGAAUGACCCGUACGAGAGUUUCCGGAAAAACAAGGGAGCCGCAUUUAUAACGCGCUUGAAAGCGAAAUCAGACGACAGAUGAAUUUAAUUGAAACAUUGUGGAAGAGAGUAGCCUAUUCCGAGUCGUGCGAUAAUGUGUUAUGAUUUGUAGAAUGUCUCAAGAAAAUUAUUCAAUAAGUGAACACAAGUAAUCGUAACGAGCCAAUGUAAAUGAAUUACAAACAUCA